AUGCCCGAUACCGAACAGUCACCCCUCCUCGCCCGUGAGGAUCCGCUUAACGAGUCGACGCCGCUCCUCCCCGACCGGCAACAACGCGCCAGCGGCCAGCAGUCCGGCUCGUCGCCCAGCCUAUCCAAGAGACUUGCCAAGCUCAGGGGCCGGUGGCCAUGGCCAUCAAUCAUCGCCAUCCUGGUCCUUGCCGCUCUCUUCCUGGCCAUCAUCAUUCUUGGCUUCGUCACCCCUCCCGCUGUCAAGCAGUAUGUCGAAAGCGCAGUUGUCCUCGAGCCUACCAGCCUGUCACUCGAAUCUCUGACAGCCGAGGGAGUUCGCGCGCGCAUCCAAGCCAAUCUUCGCCUAGAUGCAUCGCGUGUCUCCGAUGGCAACGCCCGGCGAAUCGGCAAACUCGUCGCCAACAUGAUGGGAAAUCUCGAUACUGACGGCACACAAGUCAGCGUGCGCCUGCCUCACUACCAUGACGCUCUUCUGGGUACUGCCGUGGUGCCCCCAUUCUCCAUCGAUCUUGUCGAUGGCCACACAAACAAACUAGACUUUGUGGCCGACGUCGUCCCCGGAGACGCCGAGACCUUGCGCAAGAUUGUUAAUGAGUGGCUGGAUGGCAAGCUUGGCAAGCUCAAGGUCACGGGUGCCGCGGCACUUCGCCUCAAAUCGGGCAUUUUCCCCCUAGGCACCCACGAUGUGGUGGAAUCCAUGGUUAUUCAAGCCAAGGAGGUUCCGUCCAUUCCCGAGUAUAAAAUUCAACGUCUCAUGUUUUUUGAUGCGCCCAUCGGCCUGGAUGUUCCGUCCCUUGGAUUGCAAGUCCUUGUUCCCAACUGCGAUCCUUCUCAACCCAACAUCGAGGUCGCAACGGCUGUCACAGACGUCAUUCACGUUCGACCCAAGGCAGACGUCUUGGCCAAGGCCAGCGGCAUCAUUCACGAGAUUCCCGACUCGCUCACGCGAACUUGUCCCGAUACAAAGUUGUCUCCGUUGGACAGUUUGAUGAGUCACUACCUGCAUGGAGAGAACACACAAGUAUCCAUCCUUGAGAGCAUUUUGGUCCCAAUCGAAUUCAGUGGCCAAAAUCUGGACAGUCUCAUCCGUAACUUCUCGCUUACCGACGUCGACUUCAAACUGCCUAGCCCGUUUGCAGACCCAAAGGACCCCAGCGGCAAGCCUCGGGUUUCCGGGACAGUGCGAGUUCUGGCGGCUCUUCCCGCAGAGUUGAACGUCGAUAUCGGCGUUGAUGGCCUCAAGGCAGUUGGCAACCUCUUCUACGAGGACCAAAAGUUUGGUGAAUUGCAUCUGGACCAGUGGCAGAAGGCAAACUCCAGCAUCAGCUCUGGCUCAGGAGAUGAAGAUACCAUCACCAUCACCUCUCGAGUUGUCGACGCACCUGUGGACAUCAUCGACAGCGAUAUUUUCGGCGACAUUAUGCAAAAACUGCUCUUUGGCGAUGAAGACAUCAUACUCGACGUCAAAUCUUCUGUGGAUGCCAGAGUCGCGACGGUGUUGGGCAAGCUGGUCUUGCGAGGCAUCCCUGCGACGGGCAAGAUUCCAGUAAAACAUAUCCCGGGUAAUGCGAUUGGGGCCCUGAACCCGCAGUUUGGAGAAUUGCGAAUUAUCAACACUUCCGACACGAGCGUACAUUUGCGGGCAAAGGUCAAUCUGACAAAUCUCACGCCCUACACUGCCAAGAUACCGUAUGUUAGUCUUCACAUCAUGAAGCAGGGCUACAUGAUUGGGGAGGCUGUUGCCGAAGACGUCGACCUCCAAAUCGGACACAAUUCAGACAUUUCUGUCAGUGCAACGUGGGAUCCAUCAACGUUUGGCAAGGCGCAAGGACGAGAAGCCGGCCGCCGACUUGUGUCAGACUAUCUUUCGGGGAAGAACACGACUGUUGAGGUCAAGGCGCAUCGCGGUACCAUCCCGGCGCUCCCCGGCGAAGGCGACGGUCGAGAGGGCAGCCGAGGCUUCAUCCGAGAUGCGACUUUUCACAUUCUUUCCUCCACGGCAACAUUUACUCUCGCGUCGCCGCUCCGCCACGACACCGUGCAUAUACAACACAUCAACGCCACGGCCUUUUACAACCACACUGAGCCCAUCGGGCAGAUCCUUCACGACGGACAGAUGGACGUCCCGCCCGGGUUGUCGCAGACGCCGCGGUUGCCGGUGCAGUGGUCGGCCAGCCGCGUAGGACUGGGCAAGCUCCGGGAAGCACUCGGGGGCUCGCUGAGGCUGGAUGCCGUGGCCAACGUCACGGUCAGGCUGGGAAAAUGGACGGAGAGGAUAGAGUAUCGAGGGCGUGGCAUUGGUGCCAGGGUCCGUCUUCUAUGA